UCAGCGGUGACGGAGGGGUAGUGGGUAGCAUGGAGGAUGAGGAGCCGUUGAAGCUAGCACAUAUUCCAAUAUAAUAGCAGCCAGAGGCGACCCAAAUGCCUACACGGUAUCUCGGUGCCACUUUGGCGGCGGCGGUGUUUACAGGGAGGCAGGAGGAGGAGGAGGAAGAGGAGGAGCAGGAGGAAGACUAGACAGUGUGGCAGACAGGUGCGCCUCCUCAGUCCGAGUGUUCCUCCCCCUGUCAGGUGCAGCAGACAUGGAUCCCCGCAACAAGGACAAGACGCGAAAUCCCAUGAAAGCCAAAACAAACAAGCGGAAAGAAAAGCACAGAAGCGGUGUGUUCACCAGGAGGAAGUCGCUUCGGUCUUUGAGUCAUUUCAUGGGCAGGAUUCUUAAAACUUUGAGCACUUUAGCGCACUUCGGCGAGGGACGACCGCCGGAGUCCAAGGAGAAGGAGGACGACGACGGCGGCUUCGGUCGGAGCGACAACGGCGGGUUCACAGACGACACCCUGGUGGGUCUCCCGAAGGUCGGCGCCGUGAAGAAGAGCGCCACUGUGUCCUCUCAUGGUUCAGUCAAGGAACGGCUGUCGUGGUGCUACGGCGACAAGACCCCCGGCGCGCUGGGGCUGAAGAACCACGGCAACACCUGCUUCAUGAACGCCGUGGUGCAGUGCCUCAGUAACACUGACCUGCUGGCUGAGUACCUCGGACUGGAGCAAUACAAGCCGGACUUGUGCCACCGGAGGGUGAGCGUCCAGGUGAGAGGAGACGAGACCUCUAGGGGAGAGGUGACCGACCAGCUGGCGUCGCUGGUUCGAGCCCUGUGGACACUGGAAUACACGCCGCAGCUCUCUGUGGACUUUAAGAGCAUUGUGGCCAAAUAUGGCACUCAGUUUCGGGGCAACUCUCAGCAUGACGCCCUGGAAUUUCUCCUCUGGCUGUUGGACAGAGUUCAUGAAGAUGCCAAAAACCCAAACAACAACAACAGCAGCAGCAGUAGCAACAACACCAAAGCCAACGUCAAGGGACCCAGCUCACUGGAGGACCUAUCCAAUCCUCGGUCGGCCAGCACACAGCAGCCUCGAGGCCGCAACAGUUUUGUCCAGGAACACUUCCAGGCCCAGUACAGGUCGUCUCUAACGUGCCCUCAUUGCCUUAAGCAAAGCAACACCUUUGACCCGUUUUUAUGUAUCUCCCUGCCCAUCCCUCUGCGACAAACCAGGCCCAUGUGUGUAACGUUGGUGUUCAGCACCAAGGGGCAAAGGUAUCUGCGGGUGGGCCUCGCUGUGCCUCUUUUUGGUUCCUUGUCUACCUUAAGAGCCAUGGUGGCUGAGGAGGGGGGCAUCUCUCCAGACCAGGUCAUCCUGGCCGAAUUGUAUUCCACAGGGUUUCAGCGUUCCUUCUCGGACGACGAUGACUUGACAGCAAUUGCUGAUAGCGACGUCAUCUACGCCUUUCAAACUGCGCCUCACUACGGUCGUGGAGGCUCUUCACCACACUCAGGGUAUCACCAUAGCCUCCCCAAUUCCCCCUAUAGCUCCACGGCUGUGCCUGGAAGUCAAAGGUUACCAUCAUCCGGCACAUUGUCCACUGAAUACCUGAGCCAGGGCAGCUCUUCCUCCAAGGUUCUGCUCCUCAUCUGCAACACAUCCGGAUCUGGCCCGCAAGCUGUCAGGUUUGGACCUCCAUUUAUCAUGCUUGAAGACAGGAGCAUCUCUUGGGAGCAGCUGCAGCAGAGUAUCCUCAACAAGCUCUAUUAUCUGAUGCUCAACAGAGCUCAGGCUCAGAACACAAGGGUGCUGUUUAAGAUCAGAGUGGUGGGAGGAUCGGCUGCCUAUAGCUACCUGUUACCUCAAGAUAGCAGGCCUCUGCAUCACACUGCCAUUGACAGAGCACUGAAAUGUUGUGGCCCUGGGGGACCUUCACAUGUCAAGGUCGUCAUUGAGUGGGAGCAAAAGCUGAAAGAUUGUCUGUUUGGCAGCAUCCAGGAGGAAGUAGUACAAGAUGCAGAGAGCGUGAGGAACCAGCAGCAGCAGCACCUGCAGCAACACAGUUGCACUCUGGAUCAGUGUUUCCAGCUGUAUACCAAAGAAGAGCAGCUUGCACCAGAUGAUGCCUGGAAGUGUCCCCAUUGCAAGCAGCUCCAGCAGGGCAUGGUGAAGAUGAGCCUGUGGACGCUGCCUGACAUACUCAUCCUUCACUUGAAGCGCUUCCGACAGGUGGGUGAGCGUAGAAACAAACUAUCAACACUGGUUAAUUUCCCCAUGACUGGCUUGGACAUGGCCCCCCAUGUGGUGAAGAGGAGCCAGAGUAUGCGCAACCUGAACAGUGGGUCCUGGAUCACAUCCUGGCCUAAAGCCUCAGGGAAACACCACCCGUCUGUUGACUUGACGCUCCCUCACGACUACCUGUAUGACCUCUAUGCCGUGUGCAAUCACCAUGGAGGAAUGCAUGGAGGACACUACACUGCCUAUUGCCGGAACUCUGUAGAUGGCCUGUGGUACAGCUAUGAUGACAGCAGUGUGGACUUGGUCCCAGAGGAGGAAAUAUGUACGAGAGGGGCCUAUAUUCUCUUCUACCAAAGACGCAACAUCAUUCCUCCAUGGUCGGCCAGUAGUUCCCUCAGAGGCUCUACAAGUUCUUCAGUGUCAGACCACUGGUUGAUCCGACUGACAGGAGACAGCAAGAGAGGCAGCAUGGUGUCACGCUCCUCCACCACCUGCCCGUCUUCCAUUCCCGACUCUCCUGAGUCUCCUGUCUUCUUCGAGAAUAAUACUAAACAAGAGAGAGGUGGAUUUGAGAGCAGACCUUUUGUCAGGGGACUCCAAGGUCGCAGCGUGAGCAUGAGGACACCCAGCAAGGCCAAGGAUGCCCUGAGCAAAGUGCUCCCCAUGCGUUGGUCCUUUGGUUCCAGAGACCGACGAAAGCCGGACCCGACUCCUCCGGCAACUGAAGAGCCCACCCCUGUUGAACUGGUCCAGUAUUUGGAGUCUGGCCGGCGGCCUCGCUGCACAAAAGAUCCCAUAGUGUCAUUAAUGAAUGAACCCCGUAGCUCAAAGGGAACAAAUGGAAGCCGAUCCUCAAGUGCAGGACGGAUAAGUUGUGUGGGGAAAACAGGAGAGGAGUUGCAGCCUGAGUCCAAACAAGUGCCAGAGGGCCAAAGGAGGCCAUCUGAUAAAAACUCCAGCUUCAGACAGAGCAAAGAGAGGCAGUCAAAAGACGAGGGUGCUGUCAGCGGUAGCUCAGGUAGUGACAGUCUUAUCAGAAGAAAAGAAGCCAGGAGGCAGAGCUCCUCGAACACACAGCAGGAUAUUGACAUCAAGAAAGUGUCUGGUGGGGUUCAGACCAGCAUUAGCACCUCCAGCAUUCUUGAUGGUACUCUCAGGAGGCGAGACAAAGAGAACAGGACUGAUCAGGAACGGCAUGUUGCACGUGAAGGAGGUUCUAAGGUCAAAAGCCAGGAGGGGCUGCUGGCUUUUUUUAAAGGUAACUUCCUGAGGAGGGACAAGGACUCCAGGAAUUCAGGGAUGAGGGGAGAUGACGACGACUGCGGCAGAAGGACUCUGCCCAGGCAAACGCUGUCUAACGGAGCAGCGGGGGGCGAUCGAAGAAGGUCUCACGGCUCAAGUCAUCAGGGUGAAGAACUGUUGAACGGUAAGGCAGGACGCAGCUCGUCCGACAUCAAACGCUCCCAGAGCUCGUCCAGCCUACCGGCCAGGACAGAACAGAGCAUGCGUAGGACGGCAUCGUUGCAUCGAAACAGCGCAUCGACACCCUCGACACGAGGGCAGAACGCGGACAAAACAACCUACGGUACGCUGCAGAGGACUCGCUACAGCACAACCUCUUUGGGACGCAAAAAGUCUGUACCAGAGUCGAGCUUCUGACAGGGACGCCAUGUCUGUAGAAAGCAAUAGAGCACAAUCAUUGCCACCUUUGCAUUAUGGAUUCCAAUGAAGAGCAGAAUGACAUACUGUGAUCUCUCUCUCUCGACUAAUGUGACUUGAAACAAGUGCCUCAGCAACUUCUAUGCAGUUUGGGCUAAUGUGUUAGACGACAAACACACAACUACCUAACAAAAAUGAUCCACAUUUGUGUCUUAUAGUCACGUUUCUUUAUUGCUUAUAAUCACGACACAUUGAUUGUUUCAUGAAAAGAAUGUAACAUGUCCUCCUGAUCCACUCAGCUAGUCAGCUUGAAUCCCUUCAUUCAUCUAAAUUCAUCGAUUUAUCCUCGUGUUACCCUGGAUCACGUUGUGCAACCUUUAAUUAGUCAUUCACUUAUGUGAUACACACAACAUUACAACCCGCGUAGGGACGUGACUUUUGAGAAAUUUUUGUUGUGUUUAUGCCCCCAGUCAGCCAUGUUUUGGUUGUUGAGCACUUAUAUUUGUUUUCACUCAUUCCUGCUUGGUCUGGAAUUCUUUGUACAGUAAAACCUCAAAUCAAACACAAUUUGUGCUGAUUUCAAAUCCAUUUCUCCGAUAGGAAAGAAUUAGUUCAAUAGACAUAGAGUAGAACCUUGGUUUUCGUCCUUAACCCUUCGUAGUGAAAACCGAAUACAUUUUUCCAUAAGAAACAAUGUAAAUCUAAUUAACCCGUUCCAGACACCCAAAAAUAUGAACACAAAACACAUAUUACACAGGAAAAAAAUAGAGAAUUAUUUGUUUUAUAUGCAGAGUGAAAUAAACAAAGUGAAAUACAUGACUUUUACCUUUACUGAAGACUAGCAAAGACAGAGACGAGCAGAGGGGGUACGGACGGAAAAGCCACACGGGCGCUGGACUCUAAUCUGUUCCACACCUAACUUUAAAGAGUUGACAGUCGUAUACUUGCUCACUUGAACCUUCAUGUAAACCUCAGUGGCAUGUACAAUCAUCAUUACACACACUGGCCCGACUCACUGUCUGUUAUUUGCCUCCAUUCCCCCUGCAACCAAUGUGAACUAAGGAACCUUUCCAUUACAAUCCUACUGUAACAGACUCAACCUUUGUUCUUUGCUAUGACUUCUUUCUUUAUCAAACUUCAGGAACUUGCAACUUUUUUUUUUUUUUUUGCAGCCGAUAUAAAUUUUCAAAACACAGAUUCCUCUAACACUCAGAAAUACGGAUUGUGCUUGAAAGCCUCAUCAGCGCACGGUGCAGUGCUUGAAAGGCGGAAAGACAGCGACAGAUAGAGUGUUCGUUGUUGUGUGUGCGUUCUACGAACAAAUAAACCACACACACAUAAUACAGAUGAUUAAAGGAUUCCCUGGGCGGAAUCUGUCUAUAGGGGCCCAACUCUAAAAGAACCACUAUCCAGUUUGUCAGGCGAAUGAUAACGGAAACAAUGUAUGAAAACCGAGACAUAUUUGUGGCAAUAAUUUUCGUGGAAAACGGGGGUGCACGAAAACCAAGGUUCCACUGUGAAACGGUCAGCAUCAUGAAAGUUUAUUAACCGUACAGUCAAUGUUUGAAGUAACAUUUGAACAUUUAUCACUCUCAUACAAGUGUCAAAUUAGGUUUACCUUGUAAUAUUAAUACAUUAAUUAAAAUGAUAUCCCAGAUGCACAUUCUGUAAUAGUAAUUGUCACACAAGUGUAAAAAGAAGUCAGCCACUAAUGAGAUAUAAAAGACGUACAAACAAAAUGCUAACAUCAAGUUAGGAGGCCAUUUUGUUUUUCUUGAAACAAACUUUCCAAGCUGUUGUUCAUAUUUUGAGGUACCACUCUAUCACUUUGCAUACCACCUCUACUGCUGCCUCUCAAUUCAGUAAAUGUUAUUAAAAAUAAAAGCAAGCUCACUUAGCGCUUGCGCCACCAUUGAAAGUUGUUGCUGUUAUAAGCUCAAUGCUUAUUUUUGUAAUAGCACGCAAUGUACACAGUAACUGUCUUCGGAGCUUCUUUUCCCUCUCAUCGAGUGCAGAAAUUUGUCACCUUCACUAUCAAAAUAUCAAAUCUCUUUUGUAUGGUAUGAAACAUUUGCUUGCUUUCAUUUCCUUCAACCUUGAAACAAAUUAUCGGCAGCAAGUUGCGUGUUUUGUUCGCCUGUGAAUCACUUCUCUUUUCAGUGUUUCACGUUGCUUCGAGGUUUUUUUUUUGUAUUUUGUAUUGAAUGCUAUCAGUCCAUAAUUCUUCUGCAGCAGGGCUCCCCUGACAUGACAUUUUUCCUGGAUAAAAUAAGGUUCGAUGACUACCAGUCAAAUUUGACCACACGAGGACACACUGUGAUCUUUCUACCCUCAUUCAGUCUUUUAAGUGUAAUUUAGUUUCAAGCCACUCCGAAGCACAGCUUUGAACAGUAAUGUUAGCACAGACCAUUAACUGCAUGAGAGAUGCUCCUGGCUGGUUUGUUUAUGUUAUAGACAAGUGAUUCAAAAAUAAUAAUGUAACGACCCCACGUCCGUGAAUGCACCUUGCGUCUAUGCUAUUCGCUAGCUACGCCACCAUGAGCUGUGUGCCAUGUUUAUGGCCGACUUGGUCAAGCUUGAGCGAGAGGAAAAGGACAUUGAGUGUGGACUUAAAGUGCUGUCUGUCCGACAGACACACCGCUAAGAUAGUAAAAUAUCUACCUGAGAAGAGUGUGGCAUAAAGCGAACGCGCAAAACUUUUUAAACAUUUUUUUGCACAAUUUUGAGUGAAAAACUGUCAACCUUCUUUGAAUUUAUAAAUGUGUCCUAAAGUGCUAACUUAAAUUUGCUGUUUAUCAAUGCAACCAUGUUUAUAUUUAACUAGAAUAUGAUGACGCAUUAGUGCCACCGUGAACAAAAAUGUAUAAAGUCUUCCCUUGUUAAUCAUGGUUAAUUGUUUCCAGACCCAACCGCCAUAAAUGAAUUUCCCCAAUACAGAAUUCAUUCUCAAUAAAUGGAAUUUAUUUUUAUAGUUAGAGCAUAGAAAAACUGUUUACUAGGGAUGAACCGGUUACUCGUUUUAGGCGAUUAUCCAUUACGGAAAAUGCAUUUUUGCCGAGCACAAGCAUGAAAUGAGUACAGCUCGUCAUUAUCCGUAAUUGUGAUGAAGGAAAAUCCUCAUUGGGUAACUACUUAUGUACUCUUCAAUCUUCACACUCUGUGAUUGGCCUGUCACACACACAGAUUCCCUACAGUCAGAGAGAGGAACCAUGCCACAGAAUACAGUGACUAGCAGUGACUCUGCUAGCUGGGCUCGACUCCAGCUCACGUUCUCUAUUUCGCUCUAUUUCGGUUUGUAUGACAUAUAAAGUUAGUUGGUAGACUUGUUUUGUUACGUACACGGUGCAUUUAACAAGACAGAGUUUAAAAUGGCUCCUGUUGCGUCGGUCACUGCCGGUGUUUGUUUUUUUUUUCCAUCUGCUUGCUUCUAAUUUGGCUGGUGGUAUAAAGUCAGUUGGAAAACUUUGCUCGUACUACUGAACGCAGUGCUUUUGAGAAAACUACAGUGAACGAGGCUGACAGAUUAUUUCCCUGUUUGCCAUCACUGGAUGUUUGCAUGAAUCGCCAACAGGACAGGACAAAAAAAAAAGUGGUGUACUCGCACAUCCCUACUGUUUCUGACUUUCUAAAUACGUUUUCUAACAUUAUUAGGGCCCCGUAGACAUGAAAUAACACCCCUAUAGUUACCUUUACACUCCUAUUCCUCAUUGUUUCUGCUAGUGAGUUAACAGGCUAGCGAGCUAACCAGUUAGCCUUGAAUUUAUUUCUUUUAAAUUUUAAAUAUUUUAAAUGUAUUUCUCUUAAAGCCAAACUUACACUUCCACACGGAAUGGGAGGAUAACUUUUUUUUACUCUAUCAUG